CUAUGGUUUGGUGCCACGUCAUCCUCUCUCUCUCUCUCUCUCUCUCUCUCUCUCUCUCUCUCUCUCUCGAUUAGAGCUCCGAAGCUUAUGCAAAGCCUUCUCUCUAUCUUCUCUCUAUCUUCUCUCUCUCUCUCUCUCUCUCAAACCUCACCCUCACAAACAAAACCCAAACUCAAAAAUCAUUUUCCUCUUUUGCCUUCCUCUUCUUCCAUACCAACAUUAUUCUUCUUCAAUAUUUUUCCAAUGCAAACCACCUUUGCAGCUUCAAUUCAUAACCGGAAAAGAAAAUUCUCAACAAUCAAGAAGGAAAACUGAGAGGCUGGGACUUGUGUUUCAUAUAUGAUGUAGGGAAGGUUUUGUAUGGAUAAGAGAGUGCAGAUUCAUGGGCAAUGUUUUAUAAUUUUGCUGAUGGUGAAAUGACCAUAGAAUAAUUUGUACAUUGUUAUUCAUCUUGGUGUUUGAUACAAAAAUAAAAGCAUUUGAGAGAAAGUUUUAGGAGUCUAAUUGUACACAUUUUGGGAUUGAGUUCGUAAAGGAAUAAAUUAGGCUAUGAUCUUUUGAAACUUCAACCUUUUCGAAGGAAGGGCCUUUAAGGUUGGAAACACUAUAGAAUGUUCAUCGAAAAUUUCAAUGAAGAGGAACUUCUUCUGAAAAAAUGACCAAGGAGGCUCGAGCUGGUACUUCCAGCCAACAGUUCUACAAAGAUACACCAAAUGUUGUGUCAAACAACAGAGCUGCAGCAGAUAGAGAUGUAGAUAACUUUUGUAUACAGACCGGUGAGGAAUUCUCGACAGAGUUUCUGCAGGAUCGUGCUGGGCUAAGGAGAUUAGCACCGGUCAUGACUAAUGUCAAUCAGCGCCUGCCAACAAGAUCUGGUUUAAAUUAUAAUCAAAACCAUCAGCAGCUGGCAUAUGAGGAUCUCAGUGGCAUUCUUGGGUUAAGAAGAGUGGACUCUGAAUGCAGCUCGGAAGUAUCAGAUUUUGUUCAUGGUUCAGGAUAUUUUCCUGCUGAAGUAGAUUACAAGGUGCAUCCUAAUAAUAUAAACAGAUAUCAUUGGGAAUAUGGUGCUGCUAUUGGACAAGUACCAAGUAAGCACGUUGAUAACCGUGAUCGUGUUCCGCCAGUACUACCAACUGCUCCACCGUUUUAUGUACUCGAUUCGCCUCAGGCAUACCAUCCUUAUGUGCAAGGGUUUUCUGACGGUUCUGUGUCUAGCAAGAUGAGAUUUCUCUGCAGCUUUGGGGGAAGAAUAUUACCAAGACCAAGUGAUGGGAAGCUUAGAUAUGUUGGCGGAGAAACACGAAUCAUAUCCAUCAGGAAGAACAUUACCUGGGAGGAACUAGUGAAGAAGACUAGCACAAUUUUUAGCCAACCACACACUAUCAAGUACCAACUUCCAGGUGAGGAUCUGGAUGCUCUUAUAUCCAUUUGUUCCGAUGAGGACCUUCAUCAUAUGUUAGAGGAAUAUCUAGAGCAGGAAAGAACCGAGGGUUCUCAAAGAUUAAGGCUUUUUCUUAUACCUUUAAAUGAAUCUGAAAGCCCAAGUUCUGUUGAAGCAAGGGCUACCCAGACAAAUGAUGUUGAAAAUCAGUAUGUUGUUGCUGUUAAUGGGAUGUUGGAACCAAGUCCCAAGAAGAGUUCAAGUGGGCACAGUUUGACAAGCCAGACUAGCCAAUUGGGCAAUACCUUAGAACAUAGUCCAAGAUUUCAUAGGGACUCACCUACAUCUACAUAUAUUUUGGAGAAUAAGGAUCAUAGUCCAAGACCUCCUGCUCAGUAUACAACUGUACUUCAGGGUAGGGAUCCCAAGAAUUCUGAUGUGAUAGAUCGACCAUACGCUGGCGGUGAUGAAGGGAGUUCUUCCUUUCUUAUGGGAAAACUUCCAUGUCAAGAUUCCUGUAACGUUGAUGCUUUGAGUCGUUGUCAUGGGCUUCCACUCACAGAUAACCAUAAUCAGACCAAGUAUUUGGUAGAGGCUGAUUGGGCGAAUAGGGCGUCCGACAUCUGCUUUCACCAUCCUGGGCCAGGAGGAAACUUUGUGUCUUCUGCGCAAAAUGUUCAAACUGGUGUACGCUUUGAGAGAGUGAUGCCUAGGGAGAGCUCAUUCCAUUCUAACAAUUCUGGUUCUCACCAAGAUCACCUACCAACUUUGUUGUCCGGAACUGAGAUCAAAGAUGUUCCUCACAACAAAAUGAUGCAUGCCCUUUCUGACUCUCUGCUGCAAGAACAUUAUGACAGACCCUCAGAUGGAUUUAUGCCCCUGUCGUCAUCAAAAAUUAAGAGAGACAAGUUGCUUCCAAUAACAAGGUCUAGUUCAUCAAGAGAAUGUGUAAUGCAAGGUGUUGAGAAAGCUGAAUCCCAAGUAGCUGUGCAUGAAAAUCAAUUCACAGUCAAGAAACCAAGCCAUUCCAGGGGAAAGGGGAGUGAGGAGUUGUUGAAGUGGACACACAGGAAAAACAGUUCUGGUGAUCAGAAAAAUUGGAAUCACCAUGAAGGAAAUGUUGAUGUUAAAUCAAAGAAUAAUUCUCUUGAAAGUAGCAACUUACCAAAUAUCAACUACAUGCAUAAAAAUUGUGUAUCCUCACAAGAGUUGCAAAUCCCUGAAGGAAUGGUUUCUGCUUCCCCAGUGACACCAUUAGAAAAUUUGUUGGAUACUAGGAGCCUAAAUUCUAUGCAUGAUCAGCAAAGUUCUACCACUCAGAGGAUAAGUUGUCAAAGAUCCCUCAGACGAAAAACACCUGCUGCAUCUGAUGAAUUUGUUGGCUUUGAAUCUCUAGCUACAAGCUCUAAAGUGGCUUCAACUGUCAGUUCAGAUAGUGAAGCAUCUCUUCAUGAUAAGGAAGCUAUGAAUCGUGCUUACAAUGAGAUUGAAAUAUUAAGUUUUAGCGGAGAAGCUAUUGAAGUGCCUAAGUUUGAAUAUGCCAUCUCUGUCCAAUCACAGCCUUUAGAUGAUUAUCAUGACAAUGAGGCAAUGGAAUCACCGAUUAUUGUUGAAGACAUAACUGGCAUAGCAACUCCUGGCAUUCCUUCCUCCUCUCGAGCGGUUGCAUAUGUAGAAUACACAUGUAGUGAUGAUGAAUGUACAUCUCCUAGAGAAACAAAAGCAGACAGUAGCAUUCAGGAAUCUUCUGGAGAGGUUGAGAAUGAUAGUGCUGACGGUAGGGAUGAAUCUAUAAGUAUGAGUGAUGCAGCUAUAGCGGAGAUUGAAGCAGGAGUUUACGGUUUGCAGAUCAUAAAGAAUGAUGAUCUUGAAGAACUGCAAGAGCUAGGAUCUGGUACAUUUGGAACUGUUUACCAUGGGAAGUGGAGAGGAACAGAUGUUGCUAUUAAGAGAAUUAAAAAGAGUUGCUUUUCAGGCAGAUCAUCGGAGCAAGAGCGGCUGAUCAAAGACUUUUGGCGAGAAGCACGUAUACUGUCAAAUCUUCACCAUCCAAAUGUCGUAGCAUUUUAUGGGGUUGUUCCUGAUGGACCAGAGACAACAUUGGCAACUGUAACUGAGUUUAUGGUCAAUGGCUCAUUGAGGCAUGUCCUACUAAAGAAAGAUAUAGUGCUUGAUCGUCGAAAGAGGCUCCUAAUUGCGAUGGACACAGCUUUUGGCAUGGAAUAUUUGCAUUUGAAAAAUAUAGUUCAUUUUGAUUUAAAAUGUGACAAUUUGCUAGUGAACUUAAGGGAUUCUGAGCGACCCAUAUGCAAGGUUGGAGAUUUUGGGUUGUCGAGAAUUAAACGCAACACGCUAGUAUCUGGUGGUGUGAGAGGAACCCUUCCAUGGAUGGCACCAGAGUUAUUAAGUGGUAGCAGUAACCGGGUGUCUGAGAAGGUUGAUGUUUUCUCAUUUGGUAUUGUGAUGUGGGAGAUCCUGACUGGGGAAGAACCAUAUGCUAACAUGCACUGUGGUGCUAUUAUAGGGGGAAUUGUAAAUAACACACUAAGGCCUCCUAUUCCAAAACGUUGUGAUUCUGAAUGGAAAAAGUUAAUGGAAGAGUGCUGGUCAGCUGACCCUGCAUCCCGGCCAUCAUUCACAGAAAUUACAAACAGGCUACGGGAUAUGUCAAUGGCGCUGCCAAAAAAGCGACAGAAUGUUACAAGUAGAAGAGUCUAAAAAUCCUCAUGUAAGUAAUAUCCACACAUAUACAAACAUUAAAAAAAUUCAUGUAAAGAUUUGAACUUCUAAGAUUGAAAUUGUGAAUAGAAAUACAUAGCAUAUUCCUGUAUU